CGAUUAUCGUCUGAAAUUGUUUGAGCAAGAGUUAACAGCCAUACCAACCCGCCAAUAAAAACCCAAUUACGAGCAUUGUUAUCAUAUCACAGCGCUAAUAAAUUUUUGAAAACAACCCGUUAUCAGUUUUCACUGGAAUACAUAUUCACAUCUCUCGGCUCCACAAAGCAUCACGAUCAUAAUAAUACUCGAUGAGCGGCUGUAGUGAUCAGACUGACAGAUAGUUACGAGUUUGCGAAGGGGAGAUUUUGUUCGGAGUCUAGUUUCGGGUGCCAACAAUAUGGCGUACAAACGUUGCAUAUUAGCAUCAUUACUUUAUUGGGUUUUUGUAUCGAAGAUUAGCGGUAGCAGUUGUGCACUCAUGGAAAACGAACGACCGUGCUGCAAGGAUAUGGAUGUGCUCAACUUUAACUAUUACAAUCAGUGUGUGAAUCAGUUGACCAACGAAACUUACGACUCCAGGAUGCCGAACUGCUCUGAUCGAUAUUUCGUCAUAAAGGAAUUCCAUCAUUACUUCUUGAACUCCGAUGGUGUUCUAAUGGACCGUCAUUUCAACAUUGAAGCCGAUUAUUGUUUGAGUAUUUCGGAGAGCAUGCAGAUGUUUUACGUAUGUGUCAACGACGACGCGAAUGCAUCACGAAUUGCGUUCUUUUUCAGCAAAGGUGUCAUGAUGCUGAUAUCGGUGUUCUUUCUGGUUGGCACGCGAUUUGUGUACAACCUUAUACCGAACCUACACGAAACGCUCGAUAAAGUCACCAUGAUGACCGUUACCUACCUGAUAUUGUUUAUGCUACUGCUAGGAUUCAUGCAAGUCAAUGACUUCAAAACUUACUACUGUUAUAGUAAAGCAUUGGCGCACCUUCUGUAUUUCGUUAUGAUCAGCUACUUUGCCUGGACAAAUAUGGUGAUGGUCAUCGUUUGGAAAUCGAAUUUCGCACGACGGUGGAGAAUUAAGGAGCAGACUUGGUAUGUCUUGAGUCACGUUUAUACACUCACGGUAGCAAUUUCGUGCACCUGCUGGGUUAACUCUCGUUACAAUUCGGAAACCACAUUCAACCAGAUUCCGUGGUGGUUCAAAAAAAGGAACCUCCACUCUUAUGACAAGUCCGACUACGCAUAUGUUCCUCUAAGCGUGAUGCUAAGCAUUAGCACGUUCCUAUUGGUGUGGACCAUAUAUCAUAUGCUUUCCACCGGGAAAGACUACGAUACGGAUCAGAAAAAAUCAAUAGGACACAAAUGCAUUUUCUACCUGAGGUUAUUCCUGCUCUCCGGAUUGACGUGGAUUUUUGAAAUCCUCUCCUUCUACGUGUUCCGUAACUCCUACAACCGAUCCUGGUUCUGGUUACCGAUCGAUGCGUUCAACUGCUUGCAUGGAGUGCUGAUCUUCUUGGUGCUAAUCGUGUGUAGGCCAGGUGUCAGACGCGAACUAUCCAGCCAGCAGAUUCUAGGCUUCCGAUGUCUGGCAGGUUGGGCCCAUCUGCAGAGCGAUGAACAGGAUCUGGUAAUUACGGAUGAAAACGGGACCACAGUGGAGCGAGGAUCGCCAAUAAACGAUACGACAAUAUAACGGCAAUAUUGAAUGUUCAAUGAAAUAAUAAAUGAUGAAUCUUCGGACCUUAUAUCUGUUAGUAGAACCCAGCGAACUUCGUC